CCCACGUGUUACAGAUCUACAUGACGCACAUGGGCACUGUAGAGAAGUUUUUACUGUAGUUUCUAUGUUUUAUAUAGAAAAUGCAGUUUUCAAAAGAAACACCAUGGAGGCGAUUAGAGGGCUUGUCGUUUGGCAUGUUGUCCUCUGAUGAAAUAAGGAAACUGAGUGUGAAAAGCAUCACCAAUGCCCAGCUUUUGGAUAACGUGGGUAAUGCCGCAGCAAACGGGUUAUAUGAUCUGGCUCUGGGUCCGGCUGACAACAAAGAGAUCUGCUCAACCUGCAUGCAGGACUUUAACAGCUGUCCUGGACACUUUGGUAACAUAGAUCUGCCCCUGCCCGUCUACAACCCUCUGUUUUUUGAUAAAUUAUAUUUGCUCAUCCGGGGUUCGUGCCUGUCGUGCCACAUGUUGACAUGUCCGAGAGCAGCCGUUCAUUUACUGCUGUGCCAGCUGAAGCUCUUAGACGUGGGUGCCAUGAAGGAGGUUUAUGAACUUGAGAAUUUUCUCAAUCAGUUUGUGGAGGCCAACACUCAACCAUCUGGAGUACAAAUCCAAGAAGCACUGGAAGAGUUUAUUACUCCCAUCCUUAAAGCUAAUGAAAACAAUCAGCAAACUGAACCUAUUAAACAUGUCUGUGAAAAGAAAAGCAGUCUCAUCAACAGUUUCUGGAGAAUACACAUGAUCCCGAAAAAAUGCCUGAACUGCAAAGCCAGCCGAGCGCACGUGCGCAGAGAACAUAACAGUAAACUGAUCGUCACACAUUCGUCUACAAAUAAAGAUUCAGAAGGAAAGGAUGAUGAUGUGCCAGCGGCCAAACGUGGAUAUUUGACUCCAAGUUUGGCUCGAGAGCAUGUCAUCAAACUCUGGGAGAAGGAAGGCUUUUUCCUAAGGCAUCUGUUUUCAGGAUUUGACAUGAGCGGCUCAGAGAAGGGCUUCAACUCUGAAGUUUUCUUCUUAGACCUGCUUGUUGUUCCUCCAUGCAAGUACAGGCCCGUUAACCGUUUAGGAGAUCAGAUGUUUACAAACGGUCAGACUGUGAACAUGCAGGCAGUAUUGAAGGAUAAUUUAAUCAUUCAAAAGUUGUUGGCACUGAUCGCUGCUGAGAAGACCAAAGAUAUUGAAGGCACACAGACAGAGCUGGAGCAGUCCAGUGAGACGACAGAGAUCAGUCAGAUAGAUCAGACCUUCUUAUCAGACAUUCAAGGACAGACUCUCACAGACAAGCUCUAUAACAUCUGGAUCCGUCUACAGACCCACGUCAACAUUGUUUUCGACAGCGAUAUGGACAAACUGAUGACAGAGAAGUUUCCGGGUGUCCGUCAGCUCUUGGAGAAGAAAGACGGUCUGUUCAGGAAACACAUGAUGGGGAAGCGUGUGGAUUACGCAGCUCGAUCUGUCAUUUGUCCUGACAUGUACAUCGGUACCAAUGAGAUUGGAAUACCAAUGGUGUUUGCUACCAAACUGACGUACCCACAGCCGGUGACACCAUGGAACGUGAAGGAACUCAGGCAGGCUGUGCUGAAUGGACCCAACGUUCACCCCGGAGCCUCUAUGGUCAUUAAUGAGGACGGCUCCCGAACAAUCCUCAGCAGUACCAAUCUGACCCAAAGAGAAGCCGUAGCUAAACAACUCCUGACACCCAGCACUGGACAACACAAAAUCCCCAUGAAGAUUGUUAAUCGUCACAUCAAGAAUGGAGACGUGUUGUUGUUGAACCGUCAGCCCACUCUCCACAGACCGUCCAUUCAGGCCCAUUGCGCUCGGAUCUUGCCGGGAGAGAAAGUGCUCAGGUUACAUUACGCUAACUGUAAAGCCUACAAUGCCGAUUUUGAUGGUGACGAGAUGAACGCUCAUUUCCCUCAGAGUGAACUUGGCAGAGCUGAGGCUUACACGCUAGUGAGCACAGAUCAGCAGUAUUUAGUGCCUAAAGAUGGGAAGCCGUUGGCUGGUCUGAUUCAGGAUCACAUGGUGUCCGGCACCAAUAUGACUAUCCGUGGAUGUUAUUUCACACGGGAUCAGUACACUGCGUUGGUCUACAGAGGUCUUACGGACAAGAUCGGGCGAGUGAAGCUCCUUCCUCCCGCACUCAUUAAACCCGUGACACUCUGGACGGGCAAACAGGUUGUGUCGACCCUUUUGCUGAAUGUCAUUCCUGAAAACAGCAUUCCAUUGAACCUGACGGGAAAGGCAAAGAUUCCCAGUAAAGCCUGGGUGAAGGAACCUCCCAGAUCUGUUCCUGGAUACAAGCCGGAAGUUAUGUGUGAAUCUCAGGUGCUCAUUCGUCAGGGUGAGCUUCUGAUCGGUGUGUUGGAUAAAGCUCACUAUGGCAGCUCUGCUUACGGUCUGGUACACUGCUGCUACGAGCUGUACGGUGGAGAAACCAGCGGGAAACUACUCAGCUGUCUGGCACGACUCUUUACUGCCUACCUGCAGCUGUACCGCGGUUUCACCUUGGGCGUGGAGGACAUUUUAGUGAAAGAAAGAGCCAACAAACAACGAAGAAAAAUUAUUAAAGAAUCAGUGACAUGUGGCUCCAAGGCUCUUAAGGCUGCCUUUAACCUGUCUGCGUCUGCUGCGGAGGAUGAAGCAAGAGAACGCUGGCAAGAUGCUCAUCUCAACCCAGACCAGAGAGAUUUCAACAUGGUGGACCUGAAGUUCAAAGAGGAGGCCAAUCAAGUGAACAACAACAUCAACAAGGUGUGCAUGCCGCUGGGUCUCCAUCGCUCCUUUCCAGAGAACAACCUGCAACUUAUGGUUCAGUCUGGGGCAAAGGGUUCAACUGUUAACACCAUGCAGAUCUCCUGUUUGUUGGGUCAGAUCGAGCUGGAGGGCCGACGGCCCCCACUGAUGCCUUCUGGGAAAUCAUUGCCCUGUUUUCAGCCCUACGAACCUCAGCCACGCUCGGGAGGAUUCGUCACCGGCAGAUUUCUGACGGGCAUCAAACCUCCAGAGUUUUUUUUCCAUUGUAUGGCUGGUCGCGAAGGUCUCGUGGACACGGCUGUCAAGACCAGUCGAUCUGGUUAUCUUCAGAGGUGUGUGAUUAAACAUCUGGAGGGUCUGGUGGUCCAGUAUGAUCUGACCGUGAGAGACAGUGAUGGAAGUGUGGUCCAGUUUCUCUAUGGAGAGGAUGGACUGGAUAUUCCCAAGACUCAGUUUUUACAGCCGCGACAGUUCAGUUUCAUCAAAGACAACUAUGAGGUCAUCAGGAAGUCAAAGUGUUUGGAUGAAGUUUUGGCUAAAAUGGACCCCCAGGCCGCAUAUAACCAUUUUAAGGCCAUAAAGAGAUGGAAAGCCAAACAUGAGUGUGUUUCACCCAGAGAUGGGGCGUUCCUGCUUUACUCACAGAAGAAACUGGGCAAGCUGAAAGCUCAAACAACAAGCCAAACGUUGACCAAUGGGAGAGAUGCAGCCACAUUACAGCUUUUGGAGCGGUGGGGAGAUCUGGACGAGUCUAACCGUAUGAAGUAUUUAAAGAAAUCCUCCCGUUGUCCAGACCCGUGUUUGGGUCUUCAUCGGCCGGACAUCUGCUUCGGAUCAGUAUCCGAGACGUUUGACGCCAUUGUCGAGUCCUAUAUGAAUCAGUUUGAUGUAAAGGACGAAUUUCAAACAUCACCUGAUGUCAUUGACACAGAUAGACUGAAGGUUCUCCUGCAGCUGAAGUGGCAGCGAGCUCUGUGUGAUCCUGGGGAAGCUGUCGGUCUGCUGGCCGCUCAAAGCAUCGGAGAGCCGUCCACACAAAUGACCCUCAACACAUUCCACUUUGCUGGCAGAGGAGAGAUGAACGUCACCCUGGGUAUUCCCAGAUUACGAGAGAUCCUCAUGAUUGCCAGUUCCAACAUCAAAACACCCAUGAUGAGCAUUCCCGUUCUGACGAGCAAGAAAGCCAUGAAGCGUGUUAAGACACUCAGGAAGAAGUUAGCCCGGGUUUGUUUGGCUGAGGUGCUUCACAAGGUGGACGUGACGGAAACUUUACGCAUGGAGGGCAAAAAAAGACAAAAGUCAAGAGUUUUUAAACUCACUUUCCACUUUCUGCCCCCUGAGAGAUACCAACAAGACAAGCAGCUCACCCCUCAACAGAUCCUUAAUUACAUGGAGCAAAAAUUCUUUCGUCUGCUGUUAGAGGCCAUUAAGAAGCUCAACACUAAACUCUCAUCUCUCAGUGCCGUGGUCACACGCAAGGCCACGGCGAGAGAUCACGAUCGAGAUGCGGCCGGCUCUGCGGGCGGAGAGGAUGACGCUGAUGAGGUUGCAGAAGACAAUAGGGUUGUGGACGAUGAGGCGAACGAGGGAGACGCUGAUGCAACAGAUACCAGGAGGAAAGAGAAACAAGAAGAAGAGGUGGACUAUGAGAGUGAGGAGGAGGAGGAGGGCGGUGGUGGCGGCAGCGAUGAUGAACAGGCUGAUGACAGACAGGAAGAGGCGGGGUCUUCAGAGCUUCUUGAGGAAGGGUCCGGUGAAAGCCCACCACUGAGUACUGGUGACGCUGAACAGAUAAAAGAGUGUAACCAAGAAUCAAUGCGAAUCAACACAGUACUACAGUUAGGCUCUGCCAUUGAGGACUACAAAUAUGACACCACAGAUGGGCUAUGGUGUGAGCUGACGAUGGUUCUUCCCGUCAGUAAGGUGCACUUUGACCUCACAUCAGUGGUGGUAAAGCAGGCUCAAAACUCUGUUAUCAUGGAGACCAAGGGUAUCACACGCUGUUUACUGAAUGAAGUCACUACUAAACAAGGUAGUAAAGAGCUUGUGCUAAACACGGAGGGUAUCAACAUGCAGGAACUCUUCAGAUAUUCAGAUAUCCUGAACCUGAAUCGAUUAUACUCCAAUGAGAUUCAUGCUAUGGCCAACACAUAUGGCAUUGAGGUGGCCCAAAGAGUCAUUGAGAAGGAAAUUAAAGAUGUGUUUGCUGUCUAUGGUAUUGAGGUCGACCCGCGUCACCUCUCUCUAGUGGCUGACUACAUGUGUUUUGAGGGGGUUUACAAGCCUCUUAACCGGUUUGGGAUCCAGUCCAACAGUUCGCCAUUGCAGCAGAUGACCUUUGAGACCAGUUUUAAGUUCUUGAAGCAGGCCACAAUGCUGGGUUCUUAUGAUAAACUGAGUUCUCCAUCAGCUUGUUUGGUUGUAGGGAAAGUUGUCAAAGGAGGAACCGGCCUCUUCGAUCUUAAGCAGCCAUUACAAUAAUGCACUGAAGAAAUAAGACUGCUAUAGCAUUGAGAAAUGGACACCAGAAUUGUGAUAUUUACUGUGUAUGACAUCAAUAAAUCUUUUUAUUGAC